AUGGAGGACGCAGUACAGUCGAUGGCGGUCGACCCCGCGAAGCAGCCAGUCACACUCCGCUACCCAGAUGGCUCGACCUUCGAAGUUGAUAUGGAGCUGAUCAACAGGUAUCGACUUUACAGCGCCCGGCUGGCCAUCAGCUACGGCACUCAGCUUGGGUCAACUGUUCUUCUUCUGGUAGUUCUUCUCCUUCUGACCAGACCUGAGAAGAGAAAGUCUUCUAUCUUCAUCCUCAACGCCCUUUGCCUCACUGGCAACAGUGUUCGAUGCAUCUUAACUUGUUGUUUCGUUACUGGCAACCUGUUGCAUCCGUACACCCAGCUUUCAGGAGACCCCAGCCUAACCACUGCUUCGGAUCUCGCUGUCUCGAUCACCAGCACUACCCUGAGCUUCAUUGUCACGGCCCUCGUUAUGGCCUCGCUCAGCUUACAGGUUUGGGUAGUUUGCGUCACAACGGGAAAGCUCCAUCGCAUCCUGAUCAUGGGUACCACGACCACGGUGGCCUUGAUUUCUGUUGGCUACAAGUUCGCCUUCAUGAUCACAUCCAACCGAGCAACGAUGAGUCUUAUGUCCCUCACACCUGAUGAUAGGAUUGGCUCUGGAUCUUACAUCACGCAAGCCAUAGCUAUCUUGCUCUACAGCUGCGUUUUCAUUUGGAAACUGGGCUAUGCCAUCGCGCAGCGACGCCGUCUCAAGAUGCUACAAUUCGGACCGAUGCAGAUUGUCUUUAUCAUGGGCUGCCAGACAAUGGUCAUUCCGGGCAUAUUCUCGACCCUCCAGUUCCACCGUCUUGUUCUCGAAGCAGUCCCCGAGAUCGGCACAAUGGUGCUUACCGUCGUCUGCAUCUUCUUGCCUUUGUCAGCCAUCUGGGCAGGUGUUGCCAACGACUCCGCUCUUGCCUAUCGGGGACGGAAUGGGCAUCAACACUUGAUGAAUAGCCAAUCCGGUCGAGGCUCAUCAACCCUAGCAACCAGCGACAGCACGACAGCCUUCGAGAAGAGCCGACAAAUGAGCUGCUCCGCUUGCACCCACCCGAAAAAGCGUGAGGAAUUUGAUACGCCUGAGCCGAGCCCUACUGGGAAGAGGAGUGCCGCUGGGGACAAUGGUAUCCAUGUCGGUCGCGAGUUCACUGUUCGCCACGAAGAUAUCGCUUUGGAGCAUUUCUGA